GAUCACGUGUUUAUUCUGAAGAUGGCGUCUCCAAAUGGAGGUGACAAUUUUGAGUCCUCUUUGCUGAGUUUUGAGAAGUUGGACAGAGCGUCACCAGACCUGUGGCCAGAGCAGUUGCCCGGAGUUGCAGAAUUUGCUGCAUCUUGUAAAAAUCCCAUCACUAAUUCCCCCCCCAAGUGGAUGGCUGAACUGGAGAGUGAGGAUAUUGAAAUGUUGAAAGAGCUGGGUAGUCUGACCACAGCCAACCUGAUGGAGAAGGUCAAAGGACUUCAGAACCUCGCUUACCAGCUGGGAUUAGAGGAGUCCAGAGAAAUGACCAGAGGGAAGUUUCUGAACAUCUUGGAGAGGCCCAAGAAGUGACUUCUUUUUUGUUUUUUGUUUUUUUGCAAACAGGAAAUGUGGGACUGCCAGGUGAAUCAGAUCUAUGCGUUUACCAAUAUGUUCUGAACAUGUUCACACCUUCACAUCAAAGUUCAAAGACUUUGCACUCAAACCCUAAAUUGGAGCAAAGUGCUCACUCACACACACAGUGAGGUCUUCAGUGCACCCGUUAUCCCCCUAUAGAUAGAUGCCUUUACAUUUAUGGAAACUCCAAAUGAUUUAAUACCUCCUUACCGAAUUUCUCUGUAGCUUGUAGACCUGCUUUGAUUAAAUGUUCCCUAUUUAUUGUUAUUUCUAUUUUAAACAUGAUUUACAUUUUUUGCAAAUUGUCAAGUUGUAUAAUAAAGUUUUAAAACGAAAAA